CACGAGUGGUGCCGUGCCGAUGAAUCGAGAAGGAAGUGAUGAAGGGAGGGGCGCAAACGAAGCGCUGCUCUACAGCGCAUGCCGCUGACACACACGCAGGGAGUGCGGAUGUUGCUGCACGACGGUGCCCGAGACCACCAGAAGACCAGCAUGGGGCUCAAGAUACAUUUGAGCUUGUUUUCCCUCUGUCUGUCUGUAAUGUUCGCAGGCUGCUCUGCCGAAAGCACCAGUCCUUUUAGUCUCAUCACUUCAGGUUAUUCCCAUCAAGCAGUGACGGCGACGACUGGCCCGACUCCAGCGUACAUUGAAAAUGAGACACAUGUUGUAUCCAAUGUAUCAAUGUCGGAACUGUACAACGAUACGCUCCCAGAGGAAGAUGUUACCAGUGCGUGGACAACGCAGGAAACUUCUCCAGCGAACCAGAAUGAAGCAAAAACCCCAGAAGAGACAACAAAUACCCCGACUCAAGCGCCAUCUCCAUCCUCUGUUACACGGCGCGCAGGUCGCAUCCCUGCAAGGCAUUCAACCUGGGAUGAAUCAUGGGAUACCCCCUUUAAGUACGAUUACAACGUCCUCCGUCAUGUGGGCCUGUCGCUGGCUGCCGCUCUCUUCUUGAUGGGAAUCGCAGUUAUGACAUGUGGCCGAGUUUGCCGGAAGCCCCGGUGCCACGUAAACCAGGGAAAGUCCUACAGCGUGACUAGAGUCUAAAGCAGGUUGGAUGUUCACCUGGCCAGUCUGCAGCUGCAAGACGCUGCUUGGCUGGCAGCAGGAUGGAUCUUGUCACCUACCCAUGGUUACACAAUUAACUCCCAGUUUGCUACCUCAGGGACAGCAGAGCAGAAGUGCCAUCUCACUGCAACAAUUAAUUAUUCACAGUGAUGUGGCUAGGAGAGCAACUACAAACUGUAACGCAGUGAAACACAGUCUAAACGAAUCGCUUAAAUUCCCACCCUUGGCUUUCUGAAGCUCAGCACAUCAAAUUACUUCAUCGCAUUGACUCAAAGGUCCAGUUGCUUCUUUUCUCACCCAAGUAUAUUUUUCAGCACCAAAGCUGAAAAAUACUGACAGUUCAUUUAUGUUCGUAGGGAACUUCGUAUCUAAUAGAACACAUGCUGUUCAAAACGCUUAGGGAUCCACUUCUAAUACAUAUUUGCCCAGUGUCUAGAACGAGUGUAGAAUAUUACACUAAACAAUACAUCCUGGCUUGUUAAUCAUUUACGCUUAUUGUCAAUGUUAAAUCAACUCUUACACAAGACUCAAACGUCUGAAUUUUCCUGUGCUCUUUGUGUGUUUGUAUCUUAUAAAUACUGUACUCACAGUCAUGUUUAGACUUUGAAAUUUGCUGUUCUGGUGUCAGUUAUUCUAAACGAG